AUGGGAGCAAGGGUAGGCGCUGUUGCUGCUGUCGAGGUGGGCCCUUGUCCAAUCAAAGUUAGUCUACCGAGGGCAGAAAGCAACCCUCUCAGACGGAUGCGAGGGGAGUGGGCGAGAAGUAACUUUUGA